CUAAUUAGCCCACCUUAGAAAGAUAUAUACGACGGCCGUAGCCACGGUCUUAGAUAGUUCUUGCUUAGUUCUUCAAGUAAGCAAUACACAUUCACUGCACUCAUAUACUUUGAGUGGCAUUCCGAUUUGACUGUAUUACCCGUGCGGUAGCAGCUUGCCCCUUGUUCUAUCUUCAUAAUUACCAACCCCAGCAUCCUGUAGAGCCCGUGCUCCCUUACAGACAGACGACUCUAACAGUCGAGUGGUUUGUAAUACGAUGAUAUACGAGAUUGGGUACUGAAAAAGAGGAAGCCGAAGGCUAGAUGUUUUGGGAAUCCUUUGCUAAGCGGAGAAAAGGGCCAUCUUUCAUUUGGGAAAGGGAAUACGGCGGCAUCGACGCAACCAACUUGUUACGAUCCUGGUUCAGGCUCGCAGGAGGCUGCACGGAGCCUCCUGCUAUUGGCUGGCGCAAAGAAGCGGGGUAGUUCCCCGCUUCACGGGAGUGC